UCUGAGCUGGGGUAGUUUGCCGUGAGGCUGCAAAUAAAGCAGAUGUGUUUGUGAAUUUCAAUAGGGUCUAGACUUUCUUUUACCAAAGUUAAUGAUACAGCAUUUAACCUGAGGUGUUUUCUUUAUUUUGCAUUUUGUUCCUCUUCAUCCUCUAUUUUAAGUACUCGCAUAUGGGAAUGAAAUGGAAAAAUUAAGGAAAUAUAUGUCAGCAAGAGAUGAGGAUCAGUUUUAUCAUCAGGGAGCUGUGGAAUUGCUGGUCUUUAACUUUUUGCUCAUCCUUACAAUAUUAACAAUUUGGUUAUUUAAAAAUCAUCGAUUCCGCUUUUUGCAUGAAACUGGAGGAGCCAUGGUUUAUGGUCUCCUAAUGGGAUUAAUUAUACGAUAUGCAACAACACCAACAGACUUUGAAAGUGGAACUGUCUAUCCUUGUGAGAAGCUGAAGUUUGGCCCACCCACUCUACUUGUUAAUAUAACAAACCAAGUAUAUGAAUAUCAGUACAAAAGGGAAAUCAGCCAACACAACAUUAAUGCUCACCAAGGCAAUGCAAUGCUUCAAAAGAUGACAUUUGAUCCUUCGAUCUUCUUCAAUGUUUUACUGCCACCCAUUAUAUUUCAUGCUGGAUAUAGUUUAAAGAAGAGACAUUUUUUUCGUAAUUUAGGAUCAAUUUUAACAUAUGCCUUUUUGGGAACUGCCAUCUCUUGCAUUGUUAUUGGGUUGAUAAUGUAUGGCUUUGUGAAGGCCAUGCUACAUGUUGGCCAGUUAAAAGGAGGGGAUUUUCACUUCACAGACUGUUUAUUUUUUGGCUCCUUGAUGUCUGCUACAGACCCAGUGACAGUUCUGGCUAUUUUCCACGAGCUGCAUGUGGAUACAGAUCUGUAUACCCUCCUUUUUGGAGAGAGUGUCCUAAAUGAUGCUGUGGCUAUAGUUCUCACAUAUUCGAUUUCUGUUUACAGUCCCAAGGAGAAUCCUAACACAUUUGAUGCUGCUGCUUUCUUCCAGUCUGUGGGAAAUUUCCUGGGGAUCUUUGCUGGAUCUUUUGCAAUGGGGUCUUCAUAUGCUGUUGUCACAGCUUUAUUGACAAAAUUUACAAAGCUGUGUGAGUUCCCCAUGCUGGAAACAGGCCUGUUCUUCCUCCUGUCUUGGAGUGCCUUCCUGUCAGCGGAAGCUGCUGGUCUUACAGGAAUUGUUGCAGUCCUUUUUUGUGGAGUCACACAGGCCCAUUAUACCUACAACAAUCUGUCACCAGAUUCCAAAAUGAGAACUAAACAGUUGUUCGAGUUCAUGAAUUUCUUGGCUGAGAAUGUCAUCUUCUGUUACAUGGGGCUUGCACUAUUCACAUUCCAAAAUCAUAUAUUUAAUGCUCUCUUUAUAUUUGGGGCAUUUGUGGCAAUUUUCAUAGCAAGAGCAUGUAACAUAUACCCGCUUUCUUUCAUUCUGAAUUUGGGUCGAAAACAAAAGAUUCCCAGGAACUUUCAACACAUGAUGAUGUUUUCAGGUUUACGUGGUGCAAUAGCGUUUGCACUGGCUAUUCGGGACACAGAAUCUCAAUCCAAACAAAUGAUGUUUACCACAACGCUGCUUAUCGUGUUUUUCACAGUCUGGGUUUUUGGUGGGGGCACCACGCCGAUGCUCACAUGGCUUCAGAUCAGAGUUGGCAUAGAUCCAGAUGAAGAUGUGAAAGCAGAAACUGCAAGCCAGAGAGCAACUACUGCAGAUAAGAACACAACCAAGGCUGAGAGUGCAUGGCUGUUCAGAAUAUGGUAUGGGUUUGAUCAUAAAUAUCUGAAACCCAUUUUAACCCAUGCUGGUCCACCGCUUACAACAACAUUACCUGAAUGGUGUAAUCCCAUUGCCAGACUGCUAACCAGCCCUAGAGCAUAUGGCGAGCAGCUGAAGGAUGAUGACAUGGACUGUAUCGUGAAUAAUGAUCAACUGACUAUAAAUUAUGAAGACCCUAAUCCUGUUCCAGUGCCGGCACAGGCCAGAAUAGUCUCAUCCCAGACUCCAGGCAAGGAAAACAUUCAUGAAGGAGACCUUGGAUUAGGAGAAUGUGAACUCCAGUUUGAGCACACUCCAGUACAAACCCAGUUGAAUUCAUUGGCAUGAGCAGUGCAAAUGUAAUCACAAGAAAUGCACAGAACAUGAUUGGGUAUUGCAAAUGCAUGCACACAGGGGCAUGUCUCUAACAUUUAAAGUCUGGCUUUGUAUCUUCUCAGCGCAGGAGUUUCAGCUCAGAUACAGCAUAAGUUGCUUAUCCCAUUGCUUGAAAGUGUUCCUACCAUGAAAGUUAAACCACAAGAGAACCACAAGUUUUGAACAAGGUCAUUCUUAGCCAAGACAUUUCUAAGCCAUGGGGAAAGGGGUGUGUGGCAUCAAGUCAUCCCAGUGAAACGAUGAAUGAUCAUAAAGCUGAAUGGGUUUUGAUUCUAUCACAGAUGGAAACUGAAACACAAAUUUAAAUAUAAUCCAGUUUUAGUCAUUCUUUUCCAGGCUAAUUAAUUGCUGGUUGGAUUUAAAACUAGACCAGCUGCUCUAAGCAUAAAUUUAACAGAGGAGUCCUAUGCGCAUUCUGAAACAUCAGAAGCUUAAAUUGGCCUUUUUCCCCCUAAAACAUUAAUCAAGUGGCUUCAAAGGAUGUUAGUCCCCAUGUGGGGUGGGGACUAUUCUAUAAUAGGUUGUCCCGAGGAAAAGUUGUGGGUUUGCAACUCCCCGUCUUGCCAAAUCUAGCUGAGGGGCAGGGGAAGCUGAGUACCCUGGAUGCAUGAAGGAAUAGAGAAGGAAGACGAAAUGAGGAACAUGGUGUUGUGCCCUGAAUGGCCCAAAGGAGGAUGGAGUUGUGCACUGUGGGGCACAAGAUGGGCAGGAUUGACAGCACAAGGAAAGACGAGCACCUAGAGGCACAUAGAGGAGAGCUGAACCUUCAAUGACAUAUAGUGGGUUAUUAUACGUAUGACAGUGGGUAUUGUAGCUCAGUCAUGAGUUCAGUAGCUAGGGCCUUCACCUUUAUAAGUUCUGUGUAAGCGGCCCCAUGCUCCUUGUAUUCUUUGGAAAAGAACAAUUCCAGAUAGGCUUGGAGAUGAUUAGAUGUAUGGUGAAAAUAACUAAAUCCUUGCAGUAUUAAUAGGAAGAUGUUAAGCUUUUUCCUCCUCCCCAAGAGCUGGAAGUGACUCAAACUUUCUUUGCCAAAUGUUCUGUUCUCAAAUACUCCCUCCACUGGAGCAUCCUCUGCGUUUCUUCCCCAUUUUAUUUGUUGUGGCUGUGUCCAUGUUUCAUUAAAUGGGAUACACUAAGAGCCCUAGGCUGAUGUCCUCUGCUUAACCAUAGACUAGUACAGUAGAGAAAGAUCUUGCACACCGGCAUGCCAAUAUUCCUUAAGACUUACUUUGGAAGGAUAACUGCUUUUUAGGGUGAAAAGCAGUUCAGUCUUCAUGGCCAUUCAGUCCCUGCUCUUCGUGCUGAGAUUGUCAACAAAGGAACAUCAGUGUUUUGUGGGGUGGACACCUAUCCACUGGGACUGAAUUAGAUUCUUUUAGCUUUACAGAGUUGGGCUACCAGAAAUCUCUAGUAGUGGUAAAAGGGUCUAUAGCCUAUUGCUAUCCACUACAUUAUUAAAUCCUUCUUGUUUCCUAAUUUUAAAGUAUGCUUUGUACCGGUGGAAUACUGACACAUAGCAUGAUGAUAUGUGCUGUUUUCAGCCAUAAGGGAUACUGGGAACUAGUGUCUAGUAAUUCUACAUGAAAAUUUAAACAGUGAGGUGAGAGAGGCCUCUAUGUUAUAAUUCAAUUCGUACUCUGAACAUUUAAACUACUUAAUUUAAUGCAGUGCUUGACUGAACGUGUGAUUCACUACCAUGAUAAAUAUGGAGCUAUUCUUCCUAUUUGAUUUAAUCUUAUAAAACAUUGCUUGGAAAAGGACACAUCAAAUACCUAGUCACAAUGUAGUGACUGCAUACUCCAUACUAUGGUCAAUAUGCUAGAGAAGAUGUGGUCUGGAAUUCUGCUGUGUUACUAAACCCUUAUUUUAUUUCCUGUAGCAAUAACUGGGAUUCCAUAUUAAACUGCAGCAUAUGUUUAGAUAGGUUUUAGAAGUAUCAUGAAUGGAUCCUGGAUGUGAAGGAGAGCCCAGUUCAAAAAGAAACUGCACUAAAGGUUAUCAGGGUCCUGUGAUAACAUUCACUGAGAAGUGCAACAUCUGGUAACCUAGGGCAAGCUGUUAUGAGCAAACAUUCACAUUGUUCUGCAUAACAAACUUAGACUUUUCCAUAAUAGCUACUUCAGGACUUAGUCCAGCAAAGCACUUAACCAAGUGCGUAAAUGUAAGCCAACUGGAGCCAAUAGGCUACUCACACCCUGAUGCCUUAGUGCAUUUCUUUUCUUUUUUAAAGUUAAUAGACAGCAGCUGUCACUGAGUCUCUAGCAUACACACAGUCCUGAUUUGUAUACACAUGAGGGGUGCACAAGCAUCACAGUGUGCACAUGCACAGCUUAGGUGCACAUACGUGCACUUUUGAAAUGCUACUCCCUAUGUUCUCACAAAUCCCGAAAAUGCCCAGGAGAGAAAAAUUAAUUUGCCACUUGAGAACUGAACAUUAGUAGAAACUAACAUUCUGCAUCAUCAAAAAGUGCUGCUUCUAAAUAGAAAGACUUUUUUCCUCUAUUUCCUGUUAGCAAAAUGAAAAACAGCCUUUUCAACAUCUUACAAUGAACCACUUCAGUGAGUUUUAAAUAACUAAAAUAGCACAAGCUCAUCUCUACCAGUAUAAUCCCAACAGACAUGAAUCCAAGCUAGUCAGCCGUGAAGGGCUUGUCAACAUUUUUAUUUUAUAAAUAAUUCUUUCAGAACCAGAGAAUCCUCUGUUUGGAAACAGGAAUCAACCAGUGAGUUGAGUUAACCCCUUGUUUUGGUCCUAAAAGUGAGCCAUUCCAAUCAAUGAAAUCUCCUCAGGAAGUUAGCUCACAUUGAGUUGAUCUAGAGCUUUUGUUAGCUUCCUUGGCAGUUUUUGCCCUUCAAAGGGAUUAGCUGAAAUACCUGAAUUCGUUUUGUUUGAAAUCUUUUUCUUCUAAUGUUGUCCCUUUUUGGUAUAUUUAAAUCAAUUUACAACAGAAACCUGAUCAAAUACAUGAUUGUCAGUUUAUGUACAAAAUGAAAGCAAACUAAGUCUGCCAAGAUAAUACUGGUUUUUUUCUGCUUCAUUCCUCCCUUUCAAGGGAUUAAGAGAUAGGAGAGCCCGGUUCGAUAAUGAAUGUCAGAAGAGUAAAUAGUCCCUCAACAGUCUGGUGAAGCAGAUCCAGCCAACAGGCUCAAACUAAUCCAUCAGAUUAAAUGUGGUAGAAAAACAGAUUCUUCAUGAAAGUAAGGCGAAGCAAUGCAAAAGCUAUAUGGAACCAGUCAGUGGUCCAGGUUGUUGCUUCCAAUAUGAAAAGCAUCAACACCAGAAUGUUUCUAUGAGGAAAUCUUUGCCCCAUGGUAAAGACCACUAGUACACCC